CUGAGUGUAUGCGCGCUGGAGAUUUUGGAUGAAUCGGCACACAAUCUACAAACACCCGGAGCCCAAAAGUCACGAUAACUUGACCAAUCAAUUGUGACCAAUGGAGUCGAUUAAUGUCUUAACGAUUGCCGGAAGCGACUCCAGCGGAGGCGCAGGGAUCCAAGCAGACCUGAAGACGUUCACCAGCUUGGAAGCCUAUGGCAUGUCGGUCAUCACCGCCGUCACCGCUCAAAAUACUACCGGGGUCCAAGCAGUGAUCGGUAUGAACCCGUCGAUCGUUGCGGAACAGCUGGAAAGUGUCGUUAGCGAUAUCUCAGUCAGGGCGAUCAAAACCGGGAUGUUGUCCAGCCCAGAGGUGAUCGAGGCAGUAGCCCUCAGUCUUUCAAAAUUCUAUCCUGAUCGGACCCAGCAACCUCAUCUAGUGAUCGAUCCGGUGAUGGUAUCUACCUCAGGACAUGAGCUACUGGGGCCAGGCGGGGCAGAAAUUCUGAUCAACAAGCUGUUACCGAAAUCAAGCCUGGUCACUCCUAAUCUACCCGAAGCUUUAAUCUUAUCCGGCCGGAAAUCACGUCACCAAACGGUCGAAAACGUUCAAGAUAUGGAGAGCUGUUGUCGCGAGAUCGCUCGACUUGGCGCUAAAAACGUUCUUCUCAAAGGCGGUCAUAUCCUUAUGUCAGACGAUAUGGUCACCGAUUUACUCUAUCAAGCGGAGACCGAUACUUUCAAAAGGUUCACUCAUCAGAGACUUGAAACCCCCAACACCCAUGGGACCGGUUGCACAUUAUCGGCUGCCAUUACAGUUUACCUGGGCAAGGGAUUUUCCCUGAUCGAUGCAGUUGAGGCAGGAAUUAGAUAUGUAGAAGGGGGUAUAGAACAUAGUUUCAAAAUUGGAAAAGGUUCUGGGCCGUUGAACCACUUUCACAACAUCACUCAGCGCCUCAUCCCCCUACCAACUGAUCGUCAAAAGUAUCCUUUCACGUCAGCUUUAAUUGCAGCAACCGGCCAUUCUUGGGACGUUUUCACUUCAAGCCAUCCAUUCCUACAAGGUGUCAGAGAUGGUACCUUGCCGAUUAGGUGCUUCCAACAUUUCUUGAGACAGGACUAUAUUUUCUUGACUCAUUACGCCAGGAUUCACUCAUUAAUGGCUCUGAAAUCCGAUGAAAUGAAUGAAAUUGAAGCCACUGCAACGAUUGUUAAGCAAAUCACAGAAGAAAGUAAGAUUCAUAUCCGGAUGUGCAAGGCAUGGGGGUUAUCAGAAACAGACUUUCUCCAAACACCUGAAAGCAAUCAAACAAUUGCAUACACUCGAUAUGUGAUGGACAUAGGACACAGCAAAUCGCUUUUACAUCUGAGGGUUGCGACAGCGCCAUGUCUUCUGGGAUAUGGAGAAAUGGCGAUGAAACUAAAGAGCGACCCACUGACAGUCAAAGACGAGUCAAAUCCGUAUUGGGAAUGGAUUCUUCAUUAUGCUGAUCCCGGGUUCCAAUCAGCUGUCGCACUGGGCCGGGAAGUUUUGGAACAAAUGGUCCUCAGAGAUCCUCCUUCUGUUACAUCGUUUCAGACACUCAAACAGAUCUUUAAAAAAGCAGUUGAAUUGGAGAUCGAUUUUUGGCAAAUGGGCUUGGAUAAUCAGCUGACCCCAAAUUGA